CCUUAUCCAACAAUGCCCACGGACUGAGAGCGCGUGCCUGCGAUGGAGAGGAACAACACGACGCAAACUCUGGAGGCGGGCGAGUGCGCGCAGCCUUUCGAGAGCAGUGCGGGACUGGGUAACUGCACGGACGGCUUCGCUGGGAUGUCUCUGAGGUGCUGCCUGCAACUUCUGACGAAGGAGUCCGGUUCUGGGCUGCAAGGAGACAGCUCGAGCUUAGCCGCGCUCGUCUAUUCGGUUGUGUGCGCGCUAGGGCUGGUCGGGAACUCUCUGGCGCUGCACCUGCUACACUCCUCCUACAGGCAGAACAUCAAUUGCUUCGUCAUGGGCCUUGCUCUCGCCGAUCUGCAGUUCGUUCUCACGCUGCCCUUCUGGGCCGUGGAUACGGCGCUGGACUUCCGCUGCCUGCCUGGCAAAGUCAUGCGCAAAAUCGUCAGCUCCGUCACCACCAUGAACAUGUACGCCAGCGUCUUCUUCCUGCCGGCCAUGAGCGUGGCUCGGUACUAUUCCGUCACCUCGUCGCUGAAGAUGCGCAGCCAGAAGGCGGCAGCGGGGGACCUAGGAAUCUGGACCGUGUCCCCGAUCGCCGUGCUUCCGCACGCCGUGUACUCCACUGUCGCCCAGGUGGCCACGGACAAGGAGCUGUGCCUGGUGCGCUUCCCGGAGUCGGGCAGCUGGGACCCGCAGUUCCUCCUGGGCCUCUACCGGCUGCGGAAGUUCCUGCUGGGCUUCGUCGUCCCGCUGGCCGUCAUCACCGUCUGCUACCUGCUGUUGCUGCGCUUCGUGCUCAGCCGGAAGGCGCAGGGCGCCAUGGUCCGCGAGAGAGAGCAGGGCCGCCACCGGCCCCGCUGUGAGGUCACCAAGUCGCUGGCGAUCAUGGUGCUCUCCUUCUUCCUCUGCUGGCUGCCCAACCAGACGCUGACGACGUGGGCCGUGUUGAUCAAGUUUGACCUGGCUCCCUUCAGAACCUUGUACAACACCCGGGCCUACGCCUUCCCCCUCAGUGUCUGCUUGGCCCAGGCCGACAGCUGCCUCAACCCAGUGCUCUACCGCCCGAUUGCCGGCCUGAAGGAGCUGCUUCUUAGGGCCACGCCGCUGUACCGCAGCCUGGCCUGCCUGCUCCCCCGCAAGGCCAAAGUGGCACAGUCUCCCCCCGCUCUGGUGCUCCUGCAGAUGGACGUUUAAGAGACGCCUCCGGCUGACUUUCCUGUCUGAGUCCGCACCAGGACAAACAAGACCUGUGAAGCCUAUUUUUUCCUUAACUGUGAUUUUUGACUGAUAGACAGGAGCAGACAUGAGUGAACCCGCCAAUGGGAGAUGCCCCAGUUUCUUUCGCUCUCUCUUUCAUUUGUGUUUUUCAGCCUCUGCCUGACUGCAGCAUCUUGUAUUCGGUCCUCAGAUCCAUUCAGGGACCUCCGCAGUUCAACUCUCGUUCCCUUCAGUUUUGGUGCUGCUGGCUGGAAUCUGUUCUCAGAUUUUGCCUCAGGACUUCCUUCAUGGGAACAAUAAAUUAUCCAUUUGUAUUGUUCCACCUUUGAAGUCGGGAGGAAAAAGAAAUGCUGGCAGAUAGUGAGAGACAAACUACUUUGAUAUGUCAGAUGACAGAUAAAUAAGGAUAAAAUUGCCUGUCAGACACAUAACCUCAAAUCAUCAGUCAUGAAUCAAAGUAUCCUACGCUGAAACAUGCUUGGUGAAAUCCCUCAGACAUACGAUGCUUUCUAUAUUGCUAUAUGAUUAUUGGUGUAUGUAAAAGA